AAUCCCAUGCGUAACCGUAGGUGACAACGAUACAGAGGAGGUGCGUCGUCGUAACAGUCAUGUACACAGUGGCGGUAAUAGUCCCAGGCAACAGCAGCAGCAGCAACAACACCAGCAUCAGCAUCAGCAUCAGCAAAUACAAGCUGCAUCCUCCUCACAUCAUCACCACCAACAACAGCCACAUCAGCAACAGCAUCAACAUCAGCAACAAGUUGUACAGCCGCAGCCACAGCAACAGCAGCAGCAGCAGCAUCAAUACCAACAGCCUGCUCAACAACAACAGCCGAACAUAAAAUAUGAACCGGGCCAAUCGCAAAAGAAGCGCAUUUUGGCCAUGGCACAGAAUGAGUGUUACAACAAUGGCGGUAACGCAGCUGGCUGCAGUGGCAGCGGCAGCAGCUUAGGCAACCAAACAGCUAGUUUGCCACAUUUGCCAACCAAGCAGGAGCCAGCCGAAUUUUACGAGUAUCCGCCACAGCAGGCUCCUACAGUCGUAGUCGAUAACAAGCGCUCCUCAUGGGCAGCCGCAGCCACACAGGCACAACCGGCACAUCACAAGCGCGAGGUCAUCUCCACGGCACCAUCUGGAUCGGCAUACGUACAGCAUGCACCGUCCUCGUCAGCAGCUGCUGCUGCACCGCCAUUGGCGCAUUCGAAGAGCUCAUCGUCGGCAGUUGGCGGUGUUGUGGCAGUAGGUGCUGUCUCAGGUGCCGCUGCAGGUCCGCCAUCGUGGGGUGCACCGCAAGUGUAUCAUCGCCAACAGCAAACUCAUACAGCUGUACAAGUUGUUGCACCAUCAGCGCAGCAGCAACAAUCACAACCACAGCAUCAACAUCAUCAACAUCAAGCGAAUACACCGAUUGGUGGUUCGCCAGCCGCUGCUACAGCAGUAAUGUUGCAGCCGGAUAUAUAUGCACAGGGUGACAUGUACCGACGUCCAACGGUGUUUGUAUCGCAAGCGACUCCAACAUAUGCGUACAAUCGGGCUGCAGUUGCACCGCCGCCAGCACACAACAGUUCGAGUCGUCAGGUAAUACCAUCGCAUCCACUGCCCGCUCAUAUACAUUUUCCCACACAGUAUAGCCAAUUUGGUCCUCUGAGUCCAGCACAAGUUGCCGCCAGCAAGCAUGCGCAUUAUGCUCCGGCGAAUAUAUGGUACGGUGGAGAAUAAACUGGUUUAAAACACUCGAAUCUUUUCUAACUGAUUGUGUUGGCAGCAACAGCAGAUUUAAGAAAACCAAAUGCAGUAAAAAGAAUUACAACCACAACAACAACAA